AUGGGGGCGCCCGCGCACCCGCACAACCCCCGCGCUAACCCCGUGCGGCAUAGGUCGGGUGAUCACCCGCACAACCCCCGCGCUAACCCCGUGCGGCAUAGGUCGGGUGAUCACCCGCACAACCCCCGCGCUAACCCCGUGCGGCAUAGGUCGGGUGAUCACCCGCACAACCCCCGCGCUAACCCCGUGCGGCAUAGGUCGGGUGAUCACCCGCACAACCCCCGCGCUAACCCCGUGCGGCAUAGGUCGGGUGAUCACCCGCACAACCCCCGCGCUAACCCCGUGCGGCAUAGGUCGGGUGAUCACCCGCACAACCCCCGCGCUAACCCCGUGCGGCAUAGGUCGGGUGAUCACCCGCACAACCCCCGCGCUAACCCCGUGCGGCAUAGGUCGGGUGAUCACCCGCACAACCCCCGCGCUAACCCCGUGCGGCAUAGGUCGGGUGAUCACCCGCACAACCCCCGCGCUAACCCCGUGCGGCAUAGGUCGGGUGAUCACCCGCACAACCCCCGCGCUAACCCCGUGCGGCAUAGGUCGGGUGAUCACCCGCACAACCCCCGCGCUAACCCCGUGCGGCAUAGGUCGGGUGAUCACCCGCACAACCCCCGCGCUAACCCCGUGCGGCAUAGGUCGGGUGAUCACCCGCACAACCCCCGCGCUAACCCCGUGCGGCAUAGGUCGGGUGAUCACCCGCACAACCCCCGCGCUAACCCCGUGCGGCAUAGGUCGGGUGAUCACCCGCACAACCCCCGCGCUAACCCCGUGCGGCAUAGGUCGGGUGAUCACCCGCACAACCCCCGCGCUAAGCCCGUGCGGCAUAGGUCGGGUGAUCACCCGCACAACCCCCGCGCUAACCCCGUGCGGCAUAGGUCGGGUGAUCACCCGCACAACCCGCGCGCUAACCCCGUGCGGCAUAAGUCGGGUGAUCACCCGCACAACCCCCGCGCUAACCCCGUGCGGCAUAGGUCGGGUGAUCACCCGCACAACCCCCGCGCUAACCCCGUGCGGCAUAGGUCGGGUGAUCACCCGCACAACCCCCGCGCUCACCCCGUGCGGCAUAAGUCGGGUGAUCACCCGCACAACCCCCGCGCUAACCCCGUGCGGCAUAGGUCGGGUGAUCACCCGCACAACCCCCGCGCUAACCCCGUGCGGCAUAGGUCGGGUGAUCACCCGCACAACCCCCGCGCUAACCCCGUGCGGCAUAGGUCGGGUGAUCACCCGCACAACCCCCGCGCUAACCCCGUGCGGGAUAGGUCGGGUGAUCACGGGGCGUCCCCCUACCUCUUACGCCGAUUGCCAUCUCGACUUGUCGCGUACUAUUCCUUCAAUGUUGUGCUACAUUUAUCACGCUGGCUCGCGAUAUAUCGCGGCGUGGCGAGCUGCCAGCUCGUGGAGUGGAGGAGGCAUUACUGGAUGCUCGACUGCCUGAUAUCAUACGUGCCACCGCACAGCAGUCGGCGAUACCUGCCACUUGCCCACUGCUUGACCAGGUAA